UUGCGCUGUCAAAUGUUGAGUUUACACGUUUAUAAAUAAAAACAUAUUAGCGAACAUUGUCUGUAAAUUUGGGAAAUAAAUAGAAAAUCAAAAUGAACAGUGUUGUGAGGAGUAGUGUGUUCAUGGUUAGACCUAAUGCAAGGAGAAUUUUGACAACUUGCUUAAGAAAUGAUCAAAAAACGUACGAUUUGCAUCAUCCUGAAGGUCGAGAGCCAAGUAUACCUCCAUACAUUGAAAAAGAAAAUGAAAAUGUAUCAACAAAAAGAGCUCGAUUGCUCUACCAAUCUCGUAAGCGAGGAAUGUUAGAAAAUGGUCUUCUUUUAAGCACUUUUGCCAAAAAAUACUUGGAUAAUUUCAACGAAGAACAAUUAAAGUUGUAUGACCGAUUGAUAAAUCUUCCAUCAAACGAUUGGGACAUAUUUUACUGGGCCACAGAUGUAAAGCCAGUACCACAAGAAUUUCAGAACGAAGUGAUGGAUUUGCUCAAAAAGCAUAUAAAAAAUGAAAAUCGCGAGGCUCGAAUCGCACAACCAAGUUUGUAGUAAAUUAGUUUG